AUGAUCCUCAGACGCCCUCUCCUCAAUGCGACCUCCGCAGUGUCAGCAUCCAAGACAUGCGUGCGGAAUCUCCAGCACUCAAUCCCUAUGCGCCCUGUCCCGAAGCCAAUACCAUUCAUUCCCGACCAUACCGCUUUUCUCAGCGCAAUCGGUCGCGGCCUCUCCGCACACGCAACCAAGAUACCGUCCUGGGAAGCCCUCUUCACACUCACAUCACCGCAACUGAAGGAACUUGGUGUAGAGCCAGCACGCUCAAGACGCUACCUGUUACAGUGGCGAGAGAAGUACAGGAAUGGCGAAUAUGGCAUCGGAGGCGACUGCAAGCACGUUACAGAUGGAGUGGCAGAACUCAAGGUUGUAGAAGCACCAGUACCGCCAAAUCCACAACUCGGCAACACCAUAAGUCCUCGCUCUGCGGCUGCAACAGCCACACAUGACCCAGGAACGAGGAAACUGGUUGUCAAUGUACCAGUCGGCGCCGAAGCGCCAGUCGAACCCGUUGAGACAUUACCCAAGGUACAAGGCAUUAUUGUAAAGGACGCCAAGACGAUCAAGGGCAGCUUUGUGGAGCCAGUCAAGGGAAGUGGAGGUCUGCGAGCACGGAUACGACUGCAAGAGGGCAUCUGGGAAGUAAGGAGGGGACACAAGGUCGAUGGUGGAGAGAGAAGAAAGGCAGAAGUACGAGCCAAGAGAAGGGCGGCGGAAAACAAGGAGAAGCGGGGUUGA